AUGGAAUAUCACGACAAGACAAUUUUCAAAAAAUAUCAGAAUUCCUUGCUUUGUCACUUGAAUAUAUUGAAAACCCCCUACGUCCGCUAUUGUUUUAGAUCUGGGUACGGUAUCGAUAUUGUUCAGAAGAUGUAUUUGGUUCUUUCUGGUUCCAAAUGGGUAGCAAUAGUUAUUAGCACUGAAAUAAAACGUCGUACGCCCGACGGCGCAGGUCAGUUGCAGGUAGCAUGCUCUUCAAAAUGGACUAUUCCAAGCCAAAAGGGCCCGCAAUUCUCACAGAGUCCCAAUUUCUAUACUUUCUAUUGA